GUGAAAUUUUAGAUUGGAAAGGUUAUUUAGUUUAGGCAAGUUUAGGAGUGCUAUCAUUUACAGUAUUAAUAAGUAUUAUUUUUAGUGAGUAAUAGUAAAAAGAUAUUUUGAACAACCAAAAAGAGUUUGGAAAAUAUUCUUUAUGGUAUAAAAAUGAAAAUUAAGAAAUAAGGACUCUUCAAAGCAAUUUCUUUCAGCAUUAUUAGCUCAUAUUUUGAAUGUGAUUUUGGCUAUGGAGUUAUCUACAGAAACAGAUGAGAAUGCUUGUAUCUGGUAUUUUAUAACUUUUAUGUUGGAUUCAACUAUGGGUGUAUUAUUAAUCUUUCUACUUAUGAAAUCAUUAAAUAUGAUUUUUACUUACUUUGAUAUAAGAGUAUUUAGAAAUAUUUAUUAUUCAGAGAUUAAAAAGUGGUAACUAUUUCCGGAUCUAAGAAAAAGUAAGAGUUGAUUGGCAAAUAUAUGCAUGUCAAUUAUUUGUAUGGAAUUCAGUUGUAAUUGUUUCAAAAUUUAUUUUAUUUGGGUUACAAAAAUUAUUUGCUGACUAAUUAAAAUAAACAGGUACUUUACUUUUAUCUCCUAUAACAAAUCCUGAGUUACUUUUGGUAUUUGUUAUGAUAAUCAUACCUCUUAUAAUGAAUGCAAUUACAGUAAAUUCGAAUUGAUUAUUUAAGUUUUGGAUCUAAGAUAAUAUAAUUAAGAAAUCUAACUUUAGCAAUUAAGAAGAAAAGUAACUAUUAAUAGGAACAUUCUAUGAAGAAACAAUAACUGAAUAAUUUACAUAAGAAUUAGUUAUUUUGUGAAAUUUUUUAUAAUUAAUAUAAAUUAAAAAUGAAUCCAAUUUCUAUGCCUUAAUUUAAAGGAGAUCCACUAUUAUUUCAUGCAGUGGCACAUGGGAAUGUUUAGGAAGUCAUUUCAUUAAUUGAAGACAAAGAAGCUAAUGUUGAUGCUCGUAAUAUAAAUGGUGCAACUCCUUUAAUUUUUGCUGUUUAAGCCAAUCAUCCUUAAAUUACAGAACUUUUAUUGAAAUUUAAAGCAAAUCCAAAUUUAAAGGAAUACUAUGAUGUAGGUGAAAAGACUGCUUUACAUUAUGCAGUUGAAAAAAAUUAAUUUAAGUUAUGUUAGUUACUCUUAGAUUAUGGAGCAAAUCCUAGUUUAUAAGAUAAAAGAGGUCUAACUUGUUUGCAUUAUGCAGCUAGGUAAGGAUUUAAAUAAAUUGUUGUUUUACUCCUUAAUUAUGGAGUAGAUAUUAAUUUAAGAGAUGAAAAUGGAUUCAAUGCUUCUUAUUGGGCUCAAAUCAAUAAAUUUAAUGAAAUUUUGACUUUAUUACCUUAACCAAAAUUUAUACCCUCUAAUGAUUUACUAGAAUUUAAGACAUAGAUGAGAGAAAUUCAUAAAAUAGAAAUAGGUAAGAAAAAGAAAAAGAAGAAAAAAUGA